AUCAUUGUUACUAGAACGCCUAUUUGCAGACAUCGCAGAGAAGUUGAGCAGAGAACAAGACAUCAUGUCUGAUAUGAGAAACUGGUCCUUGAUUCAACAAAGUGCUAAGCAAGCAGGAGCUGUAGCAGGUAGUGCAGCAGUACUGGACGAUGCCUCAGAAUACAAGACGGACCAGCAGCGCCAGUUCAUAGAAGCACUUCUUCCUCAUGUUCGCUCUUUUGCCUUUACUUGGCUCAACCUUCAGGCUCGCAAAAGAAAGUUUUACAAGGACAACGACAGACGCAUGACAAUGGAGGAAGAACGGCACUGUAAGGACGAACUGGAUUCCGAGCCACCAGAGGUGAAGAGAAAGUGGGCAUCACAGUUGCUAGCAAAGCUCCGAAAGGACAUCAGACCUGAGCACAGAGACUAUUUUGUCAAAGCAAUCACAGGUGAAGUUCAGCCAUGUUGUGUUCUCUCUACACCGGACCAGAAAGGGAAGAUGAGGAGAAUCGACUGUCUGAGACAAGCAGACAAGGUCUGGCGUUUGGAUCUGGUUAUGGCUAUACUCUUUCAUGCAUUUCCACUUGAAUCUACGGACGGGGAAAGGCUGGGGAAAGUGGUAGAAUGCCGUAACCCAGCUCUCUGUGUUCAGCCUCAUCACAUACAAGUGACCGUCAAGGAACUGGACUUGUAUCUUUCUAACUUCGUUUGUCCCCAAGGCAUUCGUCCUGAGGACAUCAAAAAAGAAAGGGAGCAUUCCUUAAGAAAUUUGCAUGUCAAAGGUGCCUACUCUGCACAAGAAUUAUUUGAUCAGCACAGAAUUCCUAUUACUAAUGCCACGAGUUUUGUAUCUUAUUGCUACCAUCCAUACACACGCAAAAGGCAAAUACCUGCAUACGGAGAUCACUUUACAUCACAAGACUGGUACGCAUCACAAGCACUCUCUUACUCUAAAGCCAUCAAAAUGGAGCCAUCCUCCACCACAUAUUGUUAUGCUAAUGACACUACUGGUGUUGCAGCAAUGCAUCCUCACGCUUCAGCUGUCUAUCCUAGCCCAGCAUCAAUAGAUCCCUACACUGGUCAUCACUACAUUGCUGCUGCUAGCUAUGUACAGAGCUCACAAUAUUGCAGUAAUCCGGGAAUCGAUUCAUCAUAUCAACCUUCUGCUAGUAAUGGUACUGGUUAUUCAAUGAUUCAAUAUGUACCUCCUAGCCUGGCAACAAGUGUGAGCCCGGUUCCAAGUCCUCAAGAUGGCUCGACUUGUUUAAGCAAUCCAUUAACGCCACCUCAUGACGAAAGUCUAAAUAUUCGAAAUUCACCCUCAGCAAGCCCUUGCUCAGUUCAGGAAAGUGCUUAUCAAAGCAUAAUUCCCAUACAAACAAUAUCGGGGAGCAUUCACUUGCCAGAAUCCCCCAUAUCUGAUUCAAGAUCACCUGGAAAAGAUACAGUACCAUUAAUAGACUCUUGGGAUAUGUCCUCCACUUCAGUCUAUUAAAGAUUCACAUAACCUAUCACUCUUAAUUUCAUAUGACUGAGAAUCUGGUGUCCUUCACUUGUGAUAUAUAAAUAUAUAAUAUAAGAGCUGAACAACUUUUUUCUCUGCUCACAAUAUCUUGCAUCAGAACAUUAUCAUUAUAAUUCAUACGUCAUCAGGUCUCCUAUUGUAAUAUAACUCUUUAUUUGUACACAACUAGUCCUGUACCAACCAUUAUUUUUGUAGUAAGAAUAGAUAAUAAUAAUGAUAUUAAUAAUAAUAAUAAUAAUGAUAACAAUAAUUAUAACAACUAUAUUAAUUUAAUGUAUCUAGUAUUGUACAUAAUUAUACAGGCUACCUACAGGUAUCAAUCAUAACAUAACACAAUUAUUAUUAGUUUUGUAAUAUAUUAUUAUUUUUACUCCAAAUUUGUAUUUUCAGAAUAAUGGUACUCAAUUAUUAUUAUUAUUAUUGUUAUUAAUCUUUAAUCGAGUCAUUUAUUAACUGAAAAACUUUAUGGUCAUAUAUGGAUUCUAUAAUCAGUAA